AUGGCGUCGGUCACCUGGUUUGACCGUUUCGCAGUCCUACUAGACCUCUUUUACAUCCUAAAAGCAGCUAUUCCGCCUACAAUAUCAGCAACGUUCACGCAGCCGUCGCUUCUUGUCCACCCACGAAGAUUGCAAGACGUGUUCUUUCAAAACGUCUGGGCCUUCAUGGGCUACGGUGUGGAUGCUGCGGGUGCAGAAACUAAACAGGCACUUUUACCUGCUGCUUAUGGUGUCGUUCUUGAAAUAGGGGCAGGACACGGCCACUCGUGCAAGUACCUGGACACCACUCGUGUCACAAGGUACAUUGCCCUCGAGCCGAAUACACAGAUACAUGAGCACAUCACUGCCAACGCGGUCAAGGCCGGGUUCGAGCCCGCACAGAUCCAGAUAAUCUCGUACGGUGCUGAAGAGACGGAUAAAAUCUUAGAUGCGCUUGGGGGAGAGCAAGUCGACACGCUCGUCUCCAUCCUCAGUCUCUGUGGCAUCCCCGACGUCAAGAAAUCAGUGGCUGGACUCGAACAAGGUUCUCAAACUAGGUGGAGUGUUCCUCUUUAUGAGCACGUUCGCUGCGACCCCUCGCCUACGCUUGCUUGGUGGCAAGCCGUUUGGACACCGAUAUGUGAACCAAUACUAGGCUGUCGGUUAGAUAAACCAACGCAUCAUAUUAUCGACGCGCUGGAUAUAUGGGAGGACCGCAACUUGGAGGGCAAAGUACCCGAGGAGCCACCAAAUCUUCUUUGGCAUCGCGUCGGUCGUUAUCGCAAGAAAUUGUAG